CCCCGCCCCCUCGCGCGCGCCGUCCGCUCCCGGCGUGCCCCGCGCCGCCAUGGCCGACCUGUUCGAUGGGAUCGUCAUGGCCGAGCAGAGGUUCCAUGGGGAGGGCUACCAGGAGGGGCUUGCAGAGGGCAGCCACGCUGGAAUGACUGAAGGCAGGAGGUACGGAGCGCUCCACGGAGCCAGGAUGGGCUCAGAGAUUGGUUGCUACCUUGGGUUUGCACUGACGUGGCACUGUCUGCUCCAGAAAAGCACAGAGGAAAAGAACAGCAAAAAGAUAAAGGCUCUGCAUUCAUUAAUAGGGAUGAUUCAGAAAUUCCCAUAUGAAGACCCCACUUAUGAUAAGCUGCAAGAAGAUCUGGAAAAAAUCAGAGGAAAAUUUAAACAGGUUUGUUCAAUGCUAAAUAUUCAGUCAGAUUUUAGAAUUGAUAAUGAGAGAUCUUCACUAACAUUUUGAAUGCAACAGAUGAAGAUAAACGAGGAUGACCAAAGCAAAAAACCAUUAAAAGAGCAGAACUGGAAAAGUGUCUUACCUACUUUUAUAUUUUAAAAAAAUCAAAGUACUGAAGAGAUGUUAAAGGGGAAGUGAAAAGUCACUGGACUUGCAAUAUUAUUUAACAUUUGUUAUCUUCAAGUUUUAUUUAGGCUAUUACACACAUUAGUGUGUAAAUCUGUUAAAUAGAAAUAUUUGUUUUAAUUCUUUGCUAGUCUUUUACUGAUAAUUCCUCAAAAGGAAAACAAGCAUUUGCACAGUUUCCUUGUUUAAAGGAUGUCUGUUACUUAAAAAUCUGUGUAUGCAGAUCAUUCAGUUUGCACCAUGUGUACCUGCUGUGGGUGAAGGAAAAUAAAAUCAAUUCCCUGCAGACUUUGCAGCAGGAAACAUUUUUGUGGGGAGAAGAUGGAAUGACAGAGGAGGUCAGAAUGCAGAGAAGGAUGAAGAUGGCUGCUCAGAAUAUGGAAUUUGCACCUGGAUUUUCCAAUAGUUUUGCAGAAUGAUGGGAGGAAGGGAGCAAACUCCACAAAAUUAACUCCUCCCUACAAGUUACCAGUUUAAAUGGUGGGUCAGAUAAACAUGACUGCCAGAAGAGCUGUGAUUCUCAUUGACUGUAUUUGUUAGUACCUCUUACACAGACCAGGUUUUUAUGUGCCAGCCUUGAAAAGUGACCACUCCAGUCUCAUUCCAAAUCAAAGGAUGCUGCAGCUGCAUGCAUUGAGCUGUGUUAACUGAGAGGAAUACCUGGAACUGGCUUUGGCUUGGGCUGCUGGAUGUCUUUGCACACCAGUAAGGAAUUCCGGAGUUCCUUUCAUCAGCUGUACCCUGUGUGUGUGUGGCUCUGCCUGCAUGGCACAGUUCAGCCUCAUGAAGACAGAUCUUUUUGGUUUGUUUAACUGUCUUACACAUGAAUUUUGAUACACACAGGCAGUGUCAGAGCCAUCUAGUGGAUGUAUGUGAUUGCAGAAGCUCACAAAUAUUUCUGUAGGUUAAAAUAGACAGUACAGAACGUACACACUUAUGAGAAUUCUAAUUAUGUAGAGAAUUUCUUUGCAAUGAAGUAACACUGAGGUAGGAAUUAAUUUUUACUUGUUUCCUCAUUUGUGUAAAUCUCUGUAAAAGCAAGAGCAGGGUUGUGAGAGCUCCAGGUGGAGCAUUUGUUUAAUAGAGGUGUGUGAUAUGUGAGUGACAAGCCAAGGUGCUGCUCCAGAGAUUGUACCAAACAAUUGUUUUUGUUCAGCUCAGGAGAGAAAGGGUCUUUAGCAGUCAGGUGGUGACUGGUAUUUGGAAAAUUGGUUUGGUGGCUAAUUUUAUUGUAUUGUUUAGUUCUAUUUUUAAAAAAUAAUAUUGUAGUAAAUUAUUUUAUAAAUACAUGUGUAUAUACUGAACUAUAAGUAUUGUAUCAACCAGGAUUUCCAGCUGGGAUAUACCAAGUUUAGGCUUAUCUGUUAGGUUUUUAAUUUUUUAAUUAGGUCUUUAAUUAAGUUUGAUUUGUGCAAACACACAAAUGUGUGUCUUCUUCCAUGAGUCUGUAUUUUUCUGAAUAUCUGCUGUUUCACACCUUGUGUGGGCCUGAUUUGGUUUAUUAAAUGAGGUACAGUUCAAAAUUCUGUUGUAUGUAUGUUGUUGUAUGCUUUCUUCAGUACCAUUUUUUUUUUGUUUUCUGCAGUGAUUUUGUGGGGGUUUGUGUCACGCUCAGUGCUGUGGCAGUGAAACAUUCCCAGCAUUCUGUAGAGGUGUUUUUGUACCUGAUUUACAGCUGUGGUUUUGGCUAUGCUUGAUUUAUAGCCCAGGUUACAUCAAAAAUAUUCAUUUGUCUUUGUCUUAGGGUCACAAAGAUAUAGAAAAAGACACAACCUUGUACAUUAUGAUACUGGUUAUUAAUAAAACAGGACAUUGAGAUUGUGGCUUGGUGCUGAUUGUCCAAGAAGUUCGAAAUUUUUCAGAAGUAAGACUUAAGAAUAUAACUCCUUAUUCAUUCACCAUCCCUACGUAUAGCUCAGUGGUUAGGGAGGAAUGUUUGAAACAUUUCACUCACCAAUUUCUCACUUGCCUGGACUGCAUCCUGGCUUGUUUUGUCUCUUCGUGAUCAUCUAUCAUCUGAGUCUGUCAAAUAUGGAAUUUUAGCAAAAGAUGGAUACACAGCUCAUUACUGCUAGGCUGCUGAAGUCAUGGCAAUCCAGAAGAGUUGUAAUUUUCCUUUCUGCAAUGUGUGAUGAGUACAAGAAAUAGUGAAUUUUGAGGCAUCAGCAGAGAGGUAAACUUUGAGUGCCAUUUGGUAAAGUUCCCAAGCACAAUUCUUGUUCUACCUUCAUUAUGCAACUUCCUUUCUAUUUCUUGUCAGCUUACUAAAGGUGAUCAAUUCCAGCGUUGAGUGAACAUCUAUUAUUGACAGAAAUGGGUGAAAUAAGUCAGAAAAAAGAAAAAGAAUCUGGGUGUGCAAUUGUUUGCUUCAAAACUAACCCUGUAGAGGUACUCUGGCUCAUUUGAACCCUGAUCUGUUUUUCUGAAGCAAGGUUGUGAUAAUUUCCACAUGAGAUUAAAAUUGAAGUUUUAAUUUUCCAAUAAAUUAGUUUCAGCAUUUAUAUAGGUUUUGGUUUUUGAAGAUAUGCAAGAGAGAGUUUGAGCCUGCCCUGUAUUUAUGAAUGCUUAUUUACACUUUGGCUGGAAGUACAACUUCCUGCAUUGGAAUAAAGUUCUUGCUUUAGAGCAAGAACUUAAUAUUUCUGGUAAUGUUUUCUAAUUCUUUCUAUUCUUGGUGCCUGUUGAAUAGUGCCCUUUGCAACUUCUUACAGCCAUGGCUUCUGGUCUAAUUGCAGCCUAAAACUUCAGCUUUCAUAGUUUGGCAAGUAACCAUGAAGAUUCUCAUUUUACAGUCUGCCAGAGUUGUUUUUUUAAUGGAUAAAGUUGUGACAGUACACAUUCCCACAGAAGUGGUUGUAUCACCAGGGAAAAAGGGGAUUUGGGAGGUGUGAGAGGAGUUCAGCAGGUUCCCAGUUGCAUGUUGUGGUGUCUGGGAAUGAUGUGUAAAGGCCAAAUGGAGCAAAGCACUGCUGAAGCACUUCAGUGUGUCCCAAGGUUUGGACCUGCAGGACCAGCCUACCCUGGGGUGAUAAUAAAAAUAAUAAUAAAAGCUCUGUGUGCUAUUUUGUAAGCUUGCACAGUCAGUUCAUUUGUAGCUAACCUGAAUAUCUCUUUGACAUUACACUGGGAAUGCUCCCACCUUAAUCACUGGAGUGUUUAUUCCAUAAGUGUGGUAAUUAAUUUUUUUCAGCAUUUUUCAUGCUAGAAUUUUGUAGUACUACUUAUCAAAUACUGCACUACUGGGUGGAAGUAGACAUGGUCACUAAGCUCAUCUUGGUGAGAUGAAACAUGAGAGAUUUCCUAAACCCAUGGAAUAUAUGAAAAGUGAAAAAACCUAAUACAUUGUUUCACUUGAUUCCAAAGCAGUUUGCUGCACAGCGUUUUAAAUUAUUUUAUCCUAUUCUAUAACCAUAACUAAUUGAGCACUAGUGCAGCAUUCUGUGUCUGGUUUUGGGGAGAUUUCUGAAUAAGAAAUUGCAUAAAAUUUUUGUCUUGGAAAAAUUAGAAAGCUACACAUUUCUAGUGCAGAAUUUGUUAGGAUGACAUCUGAAAUAGUGUCCUCCUGUCUGAUAGAAUUUUACUGAUACUUGUUCCUUAAUAAAAUGAUGGCGUUUUAUUUUAGCAAAAUGUUGAGCAGAAAGGAGGUUGAUUAUUCAGUCCCUGCAUCCUGACUGUGCAUCAAGCAGAAUCAACUCAUCAUUUGUCACUGUCUUCCAUUUCUGAUUUUAACUCCCUAUUUUGCUGCUUUAUCUCAACACUUUUUAACUUCCAGCAUCUUCAGGAUUCUGGGGAAUAAUCAACACUAUGUGGAAUCUUCCUUGAUAGUAGGAACUGUGAGUCAGCAACCCUUUAAUUUUUUUAGUUGCAGCUAUUGUUCCAUCAGCAAGCUUUGCUGCUAUUGUCCACUGUUUGUCCAGCUCACGUUUACUGGACUGUGGGAACGGAUUAGGGUUUCAUGGCUUUUUUUUUUCUUCUUGCAUAAACUCUUGAUCAAAGACAUUCCUUGGAUGACAAAACACUGUAUACUGUGUCACACAGCCCUGACCAGACUGCACGAACAGUAGUUUAAAAACACAUGCCUACAUUGUUCUCUAAACUGGCCUGCCUUUUUUUUUUUUUUUUUUUUUUUUAAUUUUUUUUUUUUUUUUUUUUUUUUUUUUGCAAUGUAUGUGCAGAUAUUGAAUUUUUGAGAACCCAUUUACCUCUGUUAAAAACACACACAUACACAGAAGUUAUUGUUAAUAAGCACUUGACAGUUUCUGAAAGUUAAAAAGCAAAUUACUCUGAGACUAAGAACAGACAGAACAGAAUGUCAUUUCUUAAGAGAGCUAGGAGUUGUAUCUGCAGUGUAUUUCCUUCCUGAGGAGACCUUGGUUGUGGGGCAGGUAGUCGAGUAGACUGGAAGCCUAAACCCACAUGGAUUAUGGCAUCAUUUGAUGUGUCAAAGCCAGAACACCUGAGUAGAGUAGAGAAUGACUGGAGCACAGUUUGGGACUGCAUUAACCUGCUUCACCAUAAGUACAUUGUUAGAACCACAUUUUGAGAACCUGGUUUAUUAUAGUUUUAUGUCCCAGCCUUUUUUAAGUUCUCUUAUGCAUUAGGAGGAGGACAAGUUUCAGAAAAUUGCAGUAGCAUCAUUAUUCCUCAAACUAAUGAGAAAGAAAAAAAUGGUGUUAGCAAGCAUACUUUUUCAAGGAGCCUUGCCUUGUGAUUUGCAUGAAAUACUCCUUCAGCAGAAACAUGGAGGAAAGAGACUCCUGAAGGCAUGUUGAGCAGGUUUACAGAGGGAUUUAAGAACACAGGAGGGCUGAAUUUUGGUGGUUGGAAACCACCAAAGGAAGGAAGGAAGGAGAGAAACGAUGUUCCACAAACACGAGGCUUUGCAUUGUCUGACUCUGCAACACUGUUGAGCACUGUCAUGCAGAAGUGAAGGCAGAUGAAACUUCUUUCAUUGACAUUGGAAAGUCAUAUCCAUAAGAGAAGAACUCGUCUGAUCCUUUGCAAUCCAAGGGUCUCCCUGGAAAGAGAAACCUAAAAAAUAUCUGUCUAGUGGACAUGUUUUCUAAAAGGAAUUAAAUGGUCAGAGUGAGUGACUGAAACGGCUACAGAAAUACUAAGUCAAACCUACAAAAUAAAGGUAUUACACUUAGAAGAAAUAAUGUUUACUUAUGAGUAUAUAAUUUACGAUGUCUUCUGGAAAUUUAACAGCAUAUAUUGGCUGAAGCUUUACUCUUCAUAUUUAAAAUAGCCAAAUGUAAAGAACUUUGGUCUGUGAGUGUUCAGGAAGGAAAGAAAGCUGUUCAAAAAUAAUACCCUGUGAGCAAUCUGGAGUGAUACAAUCUAAUAAAGGGGAGAAAUUAAACAUAAAAAAGCUCAGUUGCCUGUUGCAGACAGUUUGGCAUCAGAGGGUGGCUCAGGACACCAGGUCACUGCCUUGGGCUGGUUGAGGGGUGUUGUCACAGUGCCCUGCUGGUGCUUUCGUGGGCCUUGGGUGAGGAUCUCCCCUCUCGGCCCAGCCCCUUGGAGACUGCUGCUAAUGCUACAAAUCACAUCCCAGCCACAAACAGCCACAGAUGUGGUGACUGUCACAGGAGACCAGGCAUCUGUGGAAUAUGGCUUGUGAGGGAAUUUAAGCCAUAUCACAGGGAUGCCAUUAAGCCAGGUGGGAAGGAUGAAACAAAAACACUCUCCAACGUAGAAUCUAAAAUUUAUUUUCUCAGCAGGAAAGGAUGAGUGGAUAGCAAUUUCCAUUCUGUGAUGCACACCCUACAAGCACAACUCAGAGCUCUAGACCUCCGUUCCCCACAUGGAUCCAGAGGAAGAUUCCUUCUCUGGCCAAUUCAUGUGUCAGGUCCUGCCUUGGAGCUUGGCCCCUGCAUGCCACAAUUCCUCCUUUGGCUCAGUGUUCCUGGUGCUGGUAGAGAUCCAUACCUGUGAAUUCCCUGCAGUAUGAGACCUUUUAAUACCUGGUCUUCACACAGGCAGAAAGGAGAACAGAUCUAGGUAGGGCUCUGCAGGUGCUAUAGGAUCAAUAAGAAACUAUUUCUGGUUUCACUCUUAAAUGUUUAUGACAAUCAAAAAGCAAAUGGGUAACUUUUGCCUUCCUCCUACGUUUGGUCCUGCUUGGCCAUAAAGAAAAAAAUAAGAAGUCUGGCAAUGUCCCAUUAUCAGUGCAGUCCCGUUGACUAAUUUGUUAUCCCUUCCUCAUCACUUGAUUGGAAUACAGUGUGGGGUUCAGUCAGAAGACACAUGGGAAUCUCUGCUGGCCAUGCCAAUGCAAUUACUAUGAGCAAUUAUAUUUGUGGGAUCAUAAAAAUACCUUGUUUGUCUGAAGAGAUACAUUUCUCAUAAAAAGAUGCCAACAGGAAUUUAUUAAAAUUCAUUAAAAUGCCAUCAUUUAUAGCUUUAUUGCCAUUGUCCCACUGUAGGAGUCUCAGAGUCCAUGUGCAUGGGUCAUUCCUGUUACUCUUUUAAAAACAACAGCUUCAACCUUCUCUUUCUUCUCUAUCUUUUGGAGUUUUCUAUCACUUAAAAUGCCAGCUGUGCUUGAAUGCAAGUGAAUUAUGAUUUUUUUAAUUUGCUAGUUCUUGUUUAUUUUUUAAUAAAGAGCAUUUGAAUUUAAGUUUUCGUAAAAGGUUCAAGAUACUCAAAUGGCCUGAAUUCAGCAAUGGAACUGGGGAAGUUUUUGGGAGGUCUGAUAGAGGUUUUUCUUCAUACAUGUCUCAGUUUGAUACAAAAAAAUACAGUAGUUUUCCCUUUAAUAAGCUACAGCAUAGUCUAGCUGAACGUGCGUAUUUUUUACAGCCUAUAGUAAAUUGUUUUUCUUGUUACAUUCUUGUCUUUCUGCCCUUUGCAAUGUGAGUAAUACUGGCCUAGUUCACCCAGCAUUCAAGUUUAGAACUCUGCAUUUAAAGAUGAUGUUCAGGAGAACGAAAAUGUAAAUAAUAGAGCUGACUAUGUGGGCUUAAACCUACUUAAGUCACAACACUAAGUUUAGUAGCAUUUAUAAAAGAGAUGGUAAUGGCAAAACCGACGUAGCAUGUUCAACCAAGCACAGGUUUACAUUUCUCACUGGAUCACUUUUUAUCAGCACAAGAUUUUUGUCAGAAGUCAAGAUCCCCUAAGUGUGUCUUCACUUGGUUUUCAAACACUUCAGAUCAGAGGGAUGAGCCAUCAGCCAUACAAAAGAAAGCUAUUUGUUCUUUCUGGGGUUUUGGGGUUUUUUAUGCUGGGAAAAAUGAAUCAUUUUUAGCCCAGACCAAUUUAUGCCUUGGCUUGAUGUGUUUUUGAGGUCCCAGUGAGUUUAAUUCAGGUCAUCUUUGAGUGCUUUACACCUCCCAGUGUAACUCACUGUACAGAGAAACUGCCCAUUUCAAAAGGAACAAACCAGACCCCAUUUAUACUGGUUUUACUUCACCCACCUGAUCUGGGAUUUUGCAGCUGGUCACACAAGCUUCAGGUUUCUGGCUGAAAUGACUGGGAAACCACCAAGCUCACACAAGCUCAUCUGGGAUUCUUCUGAUGCAGGUGGUUUCCCAUCUAGUGGUAACUGCCCUGAAAGGAGCUUAUUCUGCACUAGACAACGAUUAACACAUUAGAAGUUAGCUCUGCAGUUUCAUUUCUCAUUUCCUGUGCUGCACUCGCUGCACAGAAUCAGUUGUAACGUAAAGUUUAGUCAAUGGGAAACUCAGAAGGCAGAUACCAAAUUUCUAAUUUGUGACAGGGAGGAAAAGCACUUGGCCUUUUACAUAGUUGUUUUUUUUUUUUUUUUUUAAGGCAGAAAUAAUUUCACAGGAUAAAUAAUCAAAUACAUAGGUUAUAAGCUUGACCAUCUCCACUGAAAAUAAGCUAUUUCUGCUUUGUUCAGCUCUGAAAAUAAUAUUAAUAAUUGAUAAUGUGCAACCCCUAUUUUCAGAGAUAUUUUGGACUGUGUAUUGGAACAGAGGUUAUAAUUUUUUUCUCAUUUUAUUUUGUAAUAAUAGCUAAUUCCUGUUCUAGGUCCAGUUCUUUUCUUACAUACUUUUAGUAGGCUUUAAUGUUUUUCAGGUUUAUUCUGUAUUCUCUUAGCUGUAAAAGCUGUCUGAGGGGAAGCCACAGAGAAGGCAGCUUAACCAACUGGUUUUUAAAACCAACUGUGUUCUGUAAAGGUCUUCUGGGACACAAAACCUUCCACCAGCAAGCAUUCUGCACCAUCCAACACCUACUUUGUUUUACCCUUUAUUCACAGGAACUACCAAAGGGCAUUUUACUAUGACUAAUUUCCUUUAAUGUGAAAAAAUAAAGUCUUCAUGCAGGGAAAAAAAAAUGUUUUGCUUCUUUAAAAAGACACGUUGGUGUGACAGGCAGGCAGUUACCUACCCAUGGCUUGAAACACCCACAGUUUCCUAAAAUAACAAAAGGUUUUCAGCUUCUAAAAUGUGUCAAACCUAGAAAAUGUCACGUGCUUUACUCCCAGGACCAGGGAGUUACAACCAUCCAGCAUUUUCAAGGCAACUGAAAAAAUGUAAAUUAAAAGAUGACAGCAGUUGGGUUUUACCAAUUUUAUUUCUAGACUUUAGAUUUUUUUGCUGGAAACUUGUCUGUUACAGGUCUGUUGGUGAAAAUGUGCAUUUCAGACCAGUUAUGCCAAUAAGUACAAUAUAAAAAUGUACAAAUCUGAAUUGCUUUUGCUUACUACAGAUUGUUAUAAUAAUGUGACAAAUAAAGCAUCUCUGUUGGCACGUGAACCCA